ACUCAACUCAUAAUUUAUUUAUUUGUCCAAAAUUGUUGUUUCUUGAUUGUAAUCUUCCUCUAGCAACAGUGAUUUUUCGACGAUAUUUCUCUUGAAUUCUUGAUGCGGUUGUUCAUGGUUUUCUCCUUGCCUUAAAAACUGGCUCCCCUGAAAUAUCCAAGACCAAAAUUCAGCUGGGCCAGUUGCCCCUCUAGUCCCCCAGGUGGAUUCUGUAAUGACGAAUAAUUGGAUAAGAUAAAAGGAAAUAAGAUUAACGUGGACAAAUAAGGGGAAAAAAAAAUGGAAAAGAAAAAAUGGGAUAUAUGUAGUUGUUAGAAAGUGGCAAACUACUCGGGACUGAACUAUACCUAACAUGGAAUGGCGAAUGGACUGGGGGAUGCCGAUUCGUUUCCGGUGUAUGAAAUGCUAUAACUAAUGGCAAUGCUUCAUGUAGGAAUUGGCAUGGCAGAAGAAAAAGAACUUAACGAAAUGAGAGGAGGGCGGAAGAAUCUCAAGAGGGCAGUUGAGGAAGAGAUGGUGACUCUUCAGCAAGGCCAAAGCAUAAUGCAAGUUGUGGAUCUCAGGGGCUCCAAUCUUACUGAGGUAAUGGAUGCAAAAGGCCAGAAAUUGCUAGCAAUUUUUCCAGCAAAAUUCCAGAAAAGCAUGUGGAUCAAACGAGGGAACUUUGUUGUGGCUGAUGAAGGUGGUAGAGAAGAGGCAGCCGAGUCUGGCAGAAAAGUUGGGUGCAUCAUUACGCGAGUACUCUACCAUGAACAAGUUCGUCUGCUUCAAAAAUGUCCAAACUGGCCAGAAACGUUCAAAUCCACGCCCCCAGCUAACUUGAAGCCAUAUUCCCACUCACAUACAUCCGAAAGAGAUGAUUCAGAAAGUUCGACAGAUGAUGAUGGACUCCCACCAUUGGAAGCCAAUACAAACAGAUUAAAUCCUCUUCAGAUGCAGUUGGAUACCGAUUCUGAAUCGGAUACAAACAAUUCUUAAAUCUUAUAUUGUGACACUGUUAUACGCUUAUGCAUUGUACCAAGUGUAGUCAUACUUACGUCCAUUUUAAGUAGAGAUGUGCUUGCAGCACACAAGAUUUUUUGUUUCCUGAUGAUUUAUUGUUUUGUUCUUAUUUAUUUCUCAAAGCCUAGUUAACAUGA